UAAUGGACAAGCAGAUACGUUUAAAUUAAGAACAGAUCUUGCAAUGUAUUAGAAAUCAUAGAGAUUUAAAUGAAAUCUUAUCAAAAUAGAAAGACCAUAGUUCAUAAGAAUUAUUUGAUGAAAUUGAGAGAGUUACCAACAAUAUGUCUAAUGAAAGUAAGGAGAGUUAAGAAAGCAAGUCAAAUAGUGAUACAAUCGAUAGGGCUAUUAAAAUGUUUGCAGGUAAAUUCAAUAUAUAAGUUAAAUUCUCUAGAACCUAAAGUGAUCCUUUAUAAGAAAGAAAAUAGUCUAGGCUCUGAUCAAAUAAUGGAAUAGAUAUCCCAAGUCUUCAACAACAAAUCAUUUGAUUAGAAAGUGGGCUCAAAUCUUUCUACUGAGAUUUCUAAUGAACCUUGUUUAUAAUUAGGCUCAUCCCGUCAAUCUUUGUUAACUAGUGGCUCAGAAACAGAAAGGAGAAAAAGAAAGACUAUUUCUGAGGAGGAAUCUCAUUAUUUUGUUGUUAGACUUGAGGAUGUCAUUAAUUAUUCAGAUGAAAGAACUACAAUAAUGAUCAAGAACAUACCUAAUAAAUACACAGUAUAAAUGUUAUAAGAUUUAAUUGACCUUAAACAUCAUGAUUCAUAUGAUUUUUUAUAUCUCCCUAUAGAUUUCAAGGUAAUUAUAACUUAAAUACUAAAUAUAGAAUAAGUGUAAUAUGGGUUAUGCAUUCAUAAAUUUUAUCCAUCCACUUUACAUAGUGUAAUUUUAUAAAGACUUUCAUGAUAAUGGCUGGCCACAUUUCAAUAGUGAAAAAGUAAUCUUUUUUAUUUAUUUAGAUAUGUGAAUUAAGAUAUGCCAGAAUCUAAGGGCGUCAAGCCUUAGUGUAACAUUUUUAAUUUUCAAGUGUCAUGAAUCAAAAAGUAAACCUAUAUAAAAUUUUAGGAUAAAAAAUUAAAGCCAGUAAUUGUACCAUAAAGCGAAUUAUCCAGAAUUCAUUAAUUAAUACAAGUAAAUCACUCUUUAAUUUUAAGCGACAAAAGUAAUGA